AUGUCCCGGCUGCUGCCGCUGCUGCGGAGCCGGACGGCGCGCAGCCUGAGGCCGGGCCCGGCCGCCGCCGCCGCCGCCGCGCCCCGCCUGCCGUCCUGGUGCGGGUGCGGGCGGGGGCUGCUGGCGAUCGCCUUCCCCGGAGGCUCCCCCGGCGGCCGCCGGGCGCUGGGCACCCACCCCAAGGAGCCCAUGGAGGCGCUCAACACGGCGCAGGGCGCGCGCGACUUCAUCUACAGCCUGCACUCCACCGAGAGGAGCUGCCUGCUCAAGGAGCUGCACCGCUUCGAGUCCAUUGCCAUCGCCCAAGAAAAGUUGGAAGCUGCGCCACCCACCCGGGAGCAGCUGAGAUACGUAUUCAUCCACAAUGCGAUACCUUUCGUAGGGUUUGGCUUUUUGGAUAAUGCAAUUAUGAUUGUUGCAGGAACCCAUAUUGAGAUGUCUAUUGGAAUUAUUUUGGGAAUUUCAACUAUGGCAGCUGCUGCUUUGGGAAAUCUUGUGUCAGAUUUAGCUGGUCUUGGACUUGCAGGCUACGUCGAAGCUUUGGCUGCCAGGUUAGGCCUGUCAAUUCCUGAUCUCACACCAAAGCAAGUUGACAUGUGGCAAACGCGUGUUAGUACACAUUUGGGCAAAGCUGUUGGGGUGACUAUUGGCUGCAUUCUAGGAAUGUUUCCUUUGAUUUUCUUGGGAGUAGGUGAAGAAGAUGAAAAACUGGAAAAGAAAAAUUAA